AUGGAGGCCCUGGGUCCGAGGGGCGACCGCGCCUCCCCGGCCUCCUCCACUGGCAGCCUGGACCUGCGGCGUCUGUCCUUGCGCGCGGACUCCGCCUACAGCUCUUUCUCCGCGGCCUCGGGCGGCCCUGAGCCUCGCACGCCGUCGCCGGGGGCCGACCGCCUUCCCUACCUGGACUGGGACUACGUGCGCGUGCAUCUGGCGCUGGCUGAGUUCGAAGGUCACCAGCCCCCGCCCCCGCCCCGAGGCACAGCGGACCUGGACUUCUGGCCCUUGAAGCUGGGCGAUGCCUACGGGCCCGCGGGUCCCAGUCUCGGCGCUUCAGGCGAAGACUUGGGUCCCUGGGGAGACUCAGGAGGGACCGUGCCCAUUGUCCAGGCUUUUCCCCAAGGAGAAGAAACCCCCAGGCCAGUGUUUCAGACCAAACCUUCCAGGUUCUUGACUCAGAAGGAGGCUGCAGUGAUGUGUUCUGCAGAGGUCCCCCAGAGCAGCCCUGUUGACUGUGAGCAGAAAAUCUCAGAGACCUGCAUUGUGUCGGCCCAGCUCCCUUCCCUUCCUGAUGAAGUGUUCCUGGAAGAAAUUCCACUGGUCAGAAUAAGAUCACUGCCAGACUCCCAUGCCCCGCAGGAGCUCCCAACCAGUGUCUAUGCCUCUGACCACCACUAUAGAACCGGCUUGGGCCAAAGGGCUGGCCACUCUACAAUCCCCCUAGAGUAUCCCAUACACGAAAACCCAAGGACUGCAGGACCAGAUAACGGCUGGCAGGGGGCGAAUGGUUCUGUGGGUGUUUCCAGGCCCACAAACUGUAGCUCCCCUGGGACUUCAAAUGGUGACAUCUUAACUAUCAACCCCACUGGACUGCUGACCAUCAGUGCUCCCGAAGCUGUAGAGAGUGACCUCCUCAGACCUCUCUCAGCUGAUUCCCUGAGACUUUCAGGCAAUGAUACCCCAGUGUCCCCUCACCAUGCUACCCUGGCCUGGGACACUAGCCAGCCUGGUUUCAGGCCAGCGUGGCCCAGUCAGCACUUCGAGGAUUUGGUCCAGGAGCUGGCCAGACUGGACCCCUCUAUAAGUGACACUCUUGCUUCCCAUCUCAACCCAGAGCCACCCCUGGGCCUGCUGGAUGGGCUGAUUCCUUUAGAUGAGGUCUGGGCUGCAAUGAGGCCAGCUUGUGGGGAGACUGGAGAGAAGGCUGCUGGUACUUCUGGGCCUGGGUUCUAUCAAUGUAGCGCCACCCAGCUCCCGCCAACUUCUCAGGAGGAGACAAGGCUUGAAAACCCUGCCACCCACCCCGAGCCUGACCAGCCAUGUGGCCAGGGGCUCCUUGCACCAAACAACAUCAUCCAGGCCAAGAAAGUGGAGCUAGCCGGCCUCCUCCAGAUGAUGCUGCGGGACCUGCACGCCUCUGUGCUGCAGAGACUCGGGCUCCUGCAGCGGCAGCGGGAGGACGCCAAGGAGCUGAGGGAGCAUGUGGCGCGGCGCGAGCGGGCUCUGCGCGAGGUGCUGGCGCGGGCACUGCCGGCCGAGGAGCUGCGCGCCUAUUGCGCCCUGCUGGCCGGCAAGGCCGCCAUGCUGGCCCAGCAGCGCUGCCUGGACGAGCGUGUCCGGCUUCUUCAGGACCAACUGGACGCCGUCCGGAGCGACCUUGGCCAUUAUCCCCUGUAUCCCAGGCUGGCCCGGCCCCCAGGGACCUGUCCUCCGGAUAAGCCGCCCUUCCCUCCUCCCCUUACCCAGUUAUAGGCAGUGAGCGUGAGAGUACCACCCCUACCUCUCACCCACAUAACUGGGGGUGAUGCUGGUUUAUUGGUACUUUUUCCUUGAGGGGUCAUGGAGGACCCAGGCCAGGCCUUCCCAGAAUACUCCCUCAAAGUGUUCUCAUGUGGCCUUACCCACGUCUUGUGGGUUAUCUGGUAAUUAAUUUAUGGAUCUUAAAAACUGCAGUAUUCCUUCGUUUUGUGAUCAGAGAGGGGUUGUCAGGGUUGGCUGGAGGGAGGAGAGACAAGACGAGCACUUCAACUUUAAGCGCAAAAUGGUCUCUUUUUCUUCAAUACAAAUUGAUGAAAGAA